ACUCACACACACAGCCAGCCCAGACCCCAGCACCACUGAACUCACUGCAAGUAAUUGCCCUGCUUUCCCCGGACUAAUCUCAUUUGCCCUGCUGCUCAUCCAAUCGGAGAGUUGCUCCUCGCUUGUAAAACGUUUAACUUGCAUGACAUUUUUAUUUCGUGAUUAGCGUUUUCGCGCAGAAUCUGGCGCCUCGGAUGGGCUCUCCCCCCCCACCACCACCACCUCUCCUAGCUGGCAGGAAAUGAUGGCAAACAGCGAUCUGAAAUGAUUACUCCGGAAAAAAAAUCCUUUUAUAUCGGGAGAGCAUCCAUCGGGUUCCGCAGAGAAAGGAGGCGUUUGCUCGUACAGAGCGAAAGAUCCCUUUCGCCUUGGAAACUGACUAGCGAUCUAGCCAGCGAGCAUUCCCAGCCCCCACUGCUCUGACCCUGCGAGCUGGACCCAUUAUGCCGGACGAAGCCACCGACACCACCAAUUCCGCCUCCGCCAGGGUCUCGUCUUUUUUUAUCGAGAAUUUGCUGGGGACCGAGGGGAAAGAGAGCCGAGGGGAGAGGACACAGGAGAGCACGGAGGAUGGCCACAAAGAGACGCGAUCGCACAGCGGAAUAGCCGGCAGCCAUUGCGCGCAGGUCUGCUGCCAAGUCUCUCCUUUUGGGUUCAGUUCACAGAGCUACCCUCUCAGGGAAAGUACAAUGGAGUGGUACAGAAGAGCUCAUGCUAGUUUUAUAGGAUGCACCAGUCCAGACACCAGUGACCGAGACUCUCCCGAGAUCUCCGAGGAGGCAUCAGCGGGGAGGCCAGGGGGCUGCAGGAAACAGGCAGAGGAGCUGGGCUCGGCAGAGCGGAGAGAGGACUUUGCUUGCGGCAGCAACAGCAGGGAGGAGGAUGACAAAGCCGAGGAGCCGGACUCCGCUGAGCAGAGAGCCGCGGGCCGCAAGAAGAAGACCCGCACGGUCUUCAGCCGGAGUCAGGUCUUCCAGCUGGAGUCCACCUUCGACAUGAAGCGCUACUUGAGCAGCUCGGAGAGGGCCGGCCUGGCGGCCUCCUUGCACCUCACCGAGACCCAGGUGAAGAUCUGGUUCCAGAACCGCAGGAAUAAGUGGAAAAGACAACUGGCUGCGGAUUUGGAAGCGGCCAACGUCUCCCACUCUGCUCAAAGGAUAGUAAGGGUGCCCAUUUUGUACCACGAAAACUCGCCUGCAAGUGCUUUAGGCUUCACCUUGCCUCACAUGUCUCCCCCUCUGGUGGGGUUUUCUAACGCUGUCAGCUACCCCCUGGCCACCUUCCCUGCCGCCUCAGUCCCGUUUCUGAGAUCGCAAAUGACAGGACUCGUUUGAGAAUCCAUCUUUGCAAGGACCUUUUUCCCGGCUCUGCCCCACUUUCCCCCUCCUCCUUUUCAGCCCCAUUUUCCUCCCUCUUCCUCCAAACUUCUCAUUUCGACUUAUACAUUUCUUGAUUUUAUGCUUUUGAAUUUAAAA